AUUAUCAGGCUGCAGCAACCGGAGAUAAAUGUAUCUCCAGCGCAUUUGGUUAGCUUUUCUCUGUCUUCACCGUCAACUUUCGGUUUCAAAUGGUGGUAUGUGUCGUGAAGAGAAAUCCCAGCUUGGUUUUGCCCUUCUCAACUCUUCCUACAGCACAAAGCAAACAUCACACUAUUCUGACUGCGUAUAUAUAUGCGCGCUUGAUCCUCAGUGCAUGAGUUUUAAUUUCUGGUGGGAGAAGAAAAUAUGUGAUUUGAACAGCAAAGCAAGAGAGCAUAGUUGCCGGGCCUGCUUUGUAACAGAUAAGUCAUCCACUUACAUGGGAAUGGCGAGGUAUCCCGGCUACCCAGCAUUAGCGAGGUCCUGCAGCGCCUUGAAACAGAUUGACCCUGCGGCACAAACGGGCUUGUACAUCAUUGACCCUGAUGGCGAGGGAGGCUUCCCGCCCUUAUUUAACGUCACCUGUGACAUGAGUGACAAGAAUGGAGUUGGCGUGACAGUCAUUGGUCACGACAGUGAAACCAGAAUGCUAGUGAAAGGAUGUAAUGGCCCAGGAUGUUAUUCACGAGACGUUCAUUACACAGGAGCGAGUCUGUCCCAGCUGGCCAAUCUAGCCAAAGUUUCCUUACAUUGUGAACAGUAUAUUAAGUAUGAGUGCCAAUCUUCGUCCAUCGUUUGGCAAAACAGAACAUUCGCAUGGUGGGUAUCACGCGAUGACAUCAAGAUGAAUUACUGGGGAGGAGCCUCGCCUGGGAAAGGAGACCAAAUCUGCGCAUGCGGAAUGAACAACACGUGCCCAAAACCCGACAUCGUUUGUAACUGCGACAAUAACGACGGAGUUUUACGAGAAGACAGCGGUCUCCUCACCGACAAGAAAAGUCUUCCGGUUAAACAGCUGAGGUUUGGAGAUACUGGGGAGGAAAACGAAAGAGGCUUUCAUACUUUGGGAAAGUUUAAGUGCUAUGGCAUAGUUUAAAUGCUUGCUAAUUUAAUCUACCCGAUUAUCCUGACAUAUGUUGGACUCGAGCGCAA